CUCCAUCUCAGAAGCAAGAAUUUACACGCCCCUCUAUUCCCAAGAAUAAGCACCGCUCAUAAAAAAAACACCAAUUUAGAAUCAGAAAACCCUUUCUUCUCUGUUUUCCAUUCAUCACCCUCUCUCUUCAUUAUCCUUCUUCCUCCUCUGUUCUUUCUUUUUUUUUUCAUACCCUUGCCAAAUGUAUAGAAGGUUUUUUUUUCUUACAUAAAAAAAAACCUUCUAUCAUGUUUCAGGUGCAUGGAAAAGUAAUCGUAACAUUGGAGAAAAACAACAUCUAUGUUUAAGAUGGAAAAGAGAGGGAAAAAGGAAGAGAACAAAAACCCAGAAAUGGAAUCAAAGGUUGAUAACAAAAAAGAGUUUUCUAGCGACGAUGAAUCAUCACCAAGAGCGGUACUAGACACCCCUGAGUCUGACAACAGUGGAAGCAGCAGUUUCAGCAGCUCUUAUUCGGCGGAGAAUUCUCCGCCUUCACCACCGCCAAUAGGAAAAUCAGGUGGUGGAAAAGAAAGUCAAGUGCAGCAAUGGAAAACAAUGGUGGAUGUUUUUAGGUUUAAGUCAGUGAGAAAAUUAACGGCCAUUCCUUUGUUUACUGCGGCUACGGUCGAAAUAACUAGGAAAGGUUUCAGUAAGAAAUUGGCUCGUAAUCGAAGUGCGGAAGAAAGUCUUGAUAUUGGUGCUAUUCCUAGGAAACCUUCUUGGAGGAACUUUGAUUAUGCAGAACUUGCUGCUGCUACUAAUGAUUUCAAUUCUGAGAACCUGGUUGGAAAAGGUGGUCAUGCUGAAGUAUAUAAAGGACAAUUAUCAGAUGGUCAAGUUGUAGCUGUUAAGAGACUAAUGAAGAACGACAAGGAUUUCGCCGAUAGAGCAGGCGAUUUCUUGACUGAGCUUGGAAUUAUCGCGCACAUUAACCACCCCAAUGCAACACACCUUAUUGGGUUUGGUAUCGAAAAAGGCCUCUACUUUGUCCUACAAUUAGCACCAUAUGGAAGCCUUUCUUCUUUGCUCUUCGGUUCUGAAUGCUUAGAGUGGAAGACAAGGUACAAGGUAGCUAUCGGAGUAGCCGAGGGAUUGCAUUAUCUUCAUGAAGACUGUCCGAGACGAAUCAUUCACAGGGACAUCAAAGCCUCCAACAUAUUACUCAAUGCUAAUUAUGAAGCUGAGAUAUCAGAUUUUGGACUUGCAAAAUGGCUUCCAGAUAAUUGGGCACACCAUGUUGUUUUUCCUAUAGAAGGAACAUUUGGAUAUUUGGCUCCAGAGUACUUUAUGCAUGGUAUUGUGGAUGAGAAGACUGACGUGUUCGCGUUCGGGGUUUUGCUACUCGAACUUAUAACAGGUCGUCGUGCAGUUGAUUCAGAUAGUAGGCAAAGUCUUGUGAUUUGGGCCAAGCCACUUCUUGAUUCAAACAAUGUCAAGGAACUAACAGAUCCCAGAUUAGAAGAGAAUUAUGAUCCUAUUGAAAUGAAGCGUUCCAUGGCGACGGCUUCCUUGUGCGUCCACCAUUCGACCUCCAAGCGUCCGUUCAUGAAACAGGUUGUGCGGAUAUUGAAGGGCUUGGAAACAAUUUUAGAUUCCAAGCAAAAUUCUGGUUCCACAAAAUCACUCAUGUUAGAGGCAUGUGACCUAGAGGAUUACACUUGUUCAAAUUACUUGAAGGACCUAAACCGCCAUAGGGAACUAGUCAUGGAGUGAUACAUUGUUAUUUGUUAGUCCUUCCCGUGUGCUGCAUUUUAAGGUUUCUUGUUCCUUCCUUUGUAUACGUAUUGUGAAAGGCUAUGGAAUGGUCGUUGUAUAGCAUUUUGUGUGCGGCUGAAUCUGAAAUCGUCACAGGCUUGUGUUUUUGUUCAAGCUUAGAAGGGCUUGUAAUUUAGCAUGAACCUGUAGGGAACCAUCAAUCAAGAAGACAGUUUCUUAGUUGUGGCUUUAGGCAUUUUGUUGAUGCUUGUGACACAAGUAAUUCUCAAGCAUCAAUGUAAUGUUAGAAAUGAUGCUAGCAGAGUGUUUGUACCUUUUUGACUCUGCUUUGGCAUUGUUUCCAUCCCAAUUUCAUCAGUCUCAGUCAAUUGUAUGCAUCUUUUUUCCAUUUCUUUAUAAUUAAUAUAUAUUUUGAAAACAAA